CGCCGCCGCUCCGCCGCCUCGGGGCCCGGCGCCGCCGCUCCCUGCCGCCCUCCCUGAGCCGCAGCCCGCGCCCCGGAGCGGACAGCUGCUUAGCACCAGCUGCUUUGCCCUGUAUGGCUGUUGUGUACUUCAGAGUAACUGGGGCUGACACAGACUGAACACAUGCAUCCACUUCCAAAAUCUGCCUGAGAAAAUAGAUUAGAUCUGCUGUUUGCCUUUGAUUAAUGAGAUUUCCUUAUGUGGUCAUGUAGAAGUAUUUAUUUCAGCCUUAAAAUUGCUGAUGCAAAUCCUUGCCAUGGCAUCUGUGGCUUCACCAGUUAUAUUUAAGGAAUUUUGUCCCUUGUAUUAUCUCCUCAAUGCCAUUCCUACAAAGAUCCAGAAAGGCUUUCGCUCCAUCGUGGUUUACCUGACAGCACUUGAUACCAAUGGAGACUACAUUGCUGUGGGGAGCAGCAUUGGAAUGCUUUAUCUCUACUGCAGACACAUAAACCAGAUGAAAAAAUAUAAUUUUGAGGGGAGGUGUGAAUCUAUAACUUUUGUAAAGCUGUUGAGUUGUUUUGAUGAUCUGGUUGCUGUUGGCACAGCCUCAGGCCGGGUUGCAGUUUUCCAGCUUGUGUCUUCAUUACCUGGAAGGAACAAACAGCUUCGCAGAUUUGAUGUUGCUGGCAUCCACAAAAGUAGCAUUACAGCUUUAGCUUGGAGUCCCAAUGGAAUGAAAUUAUUCUCUGGAGAUGACAAAGGAAAGAUUGUCUACUCUGCACUAGACCUAGACCAGGGUAUUUGUAACUCCAGCCUUGUGUUGGAAGAGCCCUCUUCGAUUGUGCAGUUGGAUUACAACCAGAAGGUGCUGCUUGUCUCCACUUUACAGCGGACUCUGCUUUUUUACACAGAAGAGAAAUCCGUCAACCAAGUUGGAACACAGCCCAGAAAAAACACUGGCAAAUUUGGAGCAUGUUUUAUACCUGGCCUGUGUAAACAGAGUGACUUGACACUAUUUGCUGCCAGACCUGGGCUUCGUCUGUGGAAGUCUGAUGUUCAUGGGACUGUUCAGGCCACAUUCAUAUUGAAAGAUGUAUUUGCUGGAGGAAUAAAAACUUUUGAACUGUAUCCUCGUUUAGAACCACCUGACAGAGGAAGUUACAGCUCUCCAGAGAAACACCUCGGGCUUGUCUCAUGCUUUUUCCAAGAAGGAUGGGUGCUGACCUGGAAUGAAUACAGCAUCUAUUUACUGGACACUGUAAACCAGGCUUUGAUUGGUGGCUUGGAAGGAUAUGGUGAUAUUGUGUCUGUGUCCUGUACCAACAAUGAGAUUUUUCUCUUAAAGGGAGAUAGAGACAUUAUAAGAAUUUCAAAUAGACCUGAAGGAGUGUCAUCAAUAGAUGUGAAUUCAAAAUUGUCAAAUCCUUUAACAGAUACAAGUCCUAAAUUGCUGACCCCAUCAUCAGUAGUUUCAUCUGUAUCAUCCAGCCCUUCAGUGGAAACAGAAAGAAAAAUGGUUACUUCUCCUUCAGUGACUGGUGAUAAAAAUGGCACCACUUCUUCAGUGAAAGAUGAUCUGGAAACUCCAACACUAUCAGAGAAAAGCUUUGAAAGAGUGGGAGACUUGAGCAGUGAAGGCAGGAGAAGGGGCUGCUCUGUGGUGAGUGAAUCCCGGAGCAGGAGCAGCUCUCUCAACUCCGUGGACAGCGGCUCGAGCUUCCUGCUGUGUGCAGAGCAACUUCCAGAAGCUCAGAGGGAAGGUCAGCUUUCCUCACAACGGUUCAGCACCAUCAGCUCUGAAGAUUUUGACCAAGAACUGAUUGUAAAGCCAAUUAAGGUGAAAAAGAAAAAAAAGAAGAAACAGGAAAGUGGGACAAGGAGAAACCACAGCUCUCUGGAAGGCACACCCAUUUAUGAGCGUCAGCUUUCUGGUGACAGUCCACAUUCCUUGAAUGCAGACUCCUUUUCCAUGACUUCCAGCAUAAUGAGUGGCAGCAUUGAUCAUUUGAGUACUGGAUCUCCAGAUCAGGAAAGCAUGUUCAGCAUGGAGUCCCAUACAAUCUUGCAAGAAGAUAAUGGUUCAGAAACUUUCAGUGUCCUGCAGUCUCCUGAGUUAGCAAAUGCACUAAUUAAUGAAGAAAAUGGAGAUGUGGCUGAUUUACAGAACCUUCCAAACAGUGACAGUGGCAUGGGUACUUCAGCUGUUAUAGAUCCUUUGACAUCUGCAUCUCCUCUGAUGCUCACAGAAGACUUGACAAGCAGUGUUGGUGGUGAAUGUAAUGGUGCUGUGGUUUCUGCAAGCAGUGAAUGCUCUCCUGGAAAGCUGAGCCAGGAGGAGGAGGAGCAGGAUUUUCCUACAUUGUGCAAAAUAGAUGAAGACUUGGAUAAAAUGAAGCUGCAGGAUACUGAAAAAUCUUCUGAAGAUGCAGACCUUACAGACCAGAUGUUUUUGGAAUGUGACAGUAUACUUGGUGUCCAGACAUCUCUGACACCAAAGGAAAGUGAUGAAACUGGUGAGGAAGACCAACAGCCUCUCUCUCUAAUCCACAGUGCUCUGUCAGAGCCUUCUGCACUCCGGUGUGACAUCUCUGACAAUGUUCAUUCAGAUAACUGUUCCAUUUCUGGGUGGAAUUUUGAAAGUGCAAUCAAAGCUAAAUGUAGUACUAGCACUGCUGAAAGGGUAGCAGACACUCAUGAAAGUAGGACUGAAAAAUCUGCCUCAAGUGAUGAAGAGGAUAUUUAUGGACGUGGAUUACCAUAUUCAUCUUCAGAGACCAGCAUGCCUGAAGUUGGUGCUGUGCCUGGUGCACAGGAUGCAGCAAAGAUAAGCCUAGAUGAAAUGGUGCUGUUAAAAUCUGAUCAGUUUGCAGAGAGCUGGAUGGGAUACUCUGGCCCUGGCUAUGGCAUCCUGAGCCUGGUUGUCUCAGAAAAAUACAUUUGGUGCCUGGACUACCGGGGCAGCCUGUACUGCAGCGCCCUUCCUGCGGCCGGCCUGCGCUGGCAGAAGUUUGAGGAUGGGGUCCAGCAGGUGGCAGUUUCCCCCUCAGGGACUCUUCUCUGGAAAAUUGAACAGAAGACUAACAAAGCUUUUGCUUGUGGAAAAGUAACUAUAAAAGGAAAAAGGCACUGGUAUGAGGCUUUACCCCAGGCUGUAUUUGUAGCUCUAAGUGAUGACACUGCCUGGAUUAUCAGAACAAAUGGAGAUCUAUAUCUGCAAACAGGCCUGAGUGUGGAUCGUCCUUGUGCCCGAGCAGUAAAGGUUGACUGCCCUUAUCCACUGUCACAGGUCACGUCCAGGAACAACGUGGUGUGGGCUCUGAGCGAGCAGCGCGCCCUGCUCUACCGCGAGGGAGUGCGCAGCUUCUGCCCCGAGGGCGAGCACUGGAAGAGCGACAUUGUCAGUGAAAUGCAAGCUUUGGAACCAGUGUGCAUAACCCUUGGUGAUCAGCAGACAUUAUGGGCUCUGGAUAUCCAUGGCAAUCUCUGGUUCAGGACUGGUAUAGUUUCAAAGAAACCACAAGGAGAUGAUAACCAUUGGUGGCAAGUAAGCAUCACUGAUUAUGUAGUGUUUGACCAGUGCAGCCUGUUCCAGACCAUAAUCCAGGCAACUCACACGGUGGCAACAGCAGCUCAGGCACCUGUGGAGAAGGUGGCUGACAAGCUAAGAAUGGCAUUUUGGUCACAGCAGCUUCAGUGUCAGCCCAGCCUCCUCGGAGUCAAUGGCAGUGGAGUCUGGAUCUCUUCAGGCAAAAAUGAAUUCCAUGUAGCAAAGGGGAACUUAGUAGGCACGUAUUGGAAUAAUAUUGUGCCUCGUGGUACUGCUUCUGCCACAAAAUGGAUUUUUGUGUUGGCUUCCCCUGCUUCAUCUAAAGAAGGAAGCUUUCUGUGGCUGUGCCAAAGCAACAAGGAUCUGUUUUGUGUCAGUGAUCAGAAUCCUCAUUUUCGUCCUUCUACGGUGCAGCUGCCACCGGAGGCUGAAAUGGUGCACUACUCUGCCUGCCAGGAUGCCAUCUGGGCCUUGGAUAGUCUCGGGCAGAUAUUUAUCAGAACACUUUCCUCCAGCUGCCCAACAGGGAUGCACUGGACAAAACUGGAUCUCUCCCAACUAGGUGGUGUAAAGCUGAUCAGCUUGACCUGUGGAAAUCAGCAUGUUUGGGCCUGUGACACCAAUGGUGGCAUUUAUUUCCGUGUGGGAACUCAACCUCUUAACCCAAGUUUGAUGCUUCCUGCCUGGAUAAUGAUUGAGCCACCCAUACAGCCAGUAGGAAUCAACUUGGUCAGCAUUCAUUCAAGUCCAAAUGAUCAGAUGUUGUGGGCAAUUGAUAGCAAAUGGAAUGUCCAUGUACGAGUUGGAAUUACAGAUGAAAUGCCUGUAGGCACUGACUGGGAACAUGUACCAGGUUUGCAGGCCUGCCAGCUGGCUCUGAGUGCCAGGACGGUGUGGGCGCGCUGCCCCAACGGAGACGUCGCUCGCCGCUACGGCGUCACCGACAAGAACCCCGCAGGAGACUACUGGAAAAAGAUUCCUGGGAAUGUCUCACGUUUAACAGUGACCCCUCUAGAUGAACUGUGGGCGGUCAGUACUUCUGGAUCUCUGCUCCAGCGCCUGACUAAGACCUUUAGCCAUUCCCAUAGUUUGCAGAAAAAUAAUGACACUUCUGUUCUGCUUCACCCUGAUGAUCUGGAAGAUGAAUGGGAAGUGAUAUGAAGUCUGUCAAGCUUGUGAAGCAGUGAAAAAAACAGGAGGACAGAAUUUCUGUAAUGUAUGUACAGAAUAUUGGAUCUAAAAGCCACUCAUUGGACCUGUGAUAUUAGCACUUUUGUAUUGGAAAACUGACCUGUUAAAUAGCCCCAAGCUGUGAGUUCUGAUGUUUGUUACAUAAUCUUUUGGGAGACUCUUUAGGUGUGGCAUACUGCAAUUGUUAUACCGUACUACUGUAAAAGCUCCUUUGGAAAUAUAACUUUUCAGUUAACCUUACUAGCAAUGAAAGUGAAUACUUCACAGCAGCAUGCAACUAAUGUACUGAUUUUGAGAAGGAAUUAUGUUGCAUUAAAUAUUUCUCUACAGUGGAAA